UAAACCGCUACAUUUACCUAUAUUUUGUUUAGUUAUCGUCAUUUGACCAAUUUAAUUUGUUUUAUAAAAAAUAAUAAUGUUUGUAAACAAACUUUCCAAAGUACAAUUUUCCGAUCAACAAUUAGAUGACUAUGUUUUGGAAAAUUCUGUUCUUAAGAGUAAACUACAGAGUAAAAAUGAUGCACUAUCUAUUAUGAGUAAAGAAUUGGAUAAAUCUUGCAUGGAACGAGAUAGGUUUAAAACACUGGUUGAACAGUUAAAAUGUAGCAAGAUUGUGUUGAAAGACACAAUGCAAGUUAUAAAUAAAUAUGCACCUACUAAUACCAUCAGCGGCAGUGAAAUUCUAGCCAAAACCAAGGAGCACAAUAAUAUGUUAAAGUUGGAGGUGGAAACAUUAAGAAGCAAACUUGAUGAUGCUAAUGGUGAUAUACUAGCAUUGAGGAAGCAGCUGCAAAAAAACGGGACUUUAGGCAACAUUGGUGAUUGCAAAUCUGCAUCUCCAGUAGAAAGUAUAUACUCUCUAUUGGAAUAUGAACAACUAGUACAAGAACUUGAGAAAGUACAAAAAAAGUGUAAACAAAUGCAAAUGGAUUAUAGAGCUACCCUAGAUGAAAAAGAAGAGUUAGUUUCUGACCGUGACUAUUAUAAAAACAAAGUACAAAGAUUAAAUCAUCAAAUAAGUUUUCUGUUAACAAACAGAAUGAAGCCAUCAUUAGACAGCAAUAUGGCAAAACCUGUGGUUGAUAUUGAUGCACUUGUUAUGGAAAAUAAAUAUCUCCAUGAAAGCAUCACACAGUUACAAGUAGAGAAAGAAAUAAUGAAACGAACACUGAAUAAGUAUAAGACCUUGCUUGAUAGUAGAAGCAAAAAUGAUGCUAUUAAUUUUCGAAAAGGAUUCGCAGAUGUCAUGACUCAACAACAAGUACGAGAAUAUUUAAACUCUAAUACAAAAAGUGGACUAAAGAAAUCCUCACUAACAGAACUGAAAUCACUUUGUUUGGGUUUGUUUGAAGCAUUAAAUGAUAAAUCCAUAGCGCUGCAACAUCAACGAAAGACAAACCAGGUUUUAGCCAAUAGAAUAUCUGAACUAGAAAAAACAAUGGAGAGUUGGUGUAAUGGUCAAAAGUGUGUACCAAUAUUCCCCUCACAGCUGCUAAUGGAAGAAUUUUUAAAUGACUCGAGGUCCAUAAAAUCUGACGAUAGAGAAAAAGUUGAGCGGGAGCCAUCUGAUAAUUAUUCUGAUAGUGAAGAGGGGAAUGCAAAUAGUGAAAGUUUUACAAGCAAUAGAUGUUUAUCAAAAAUAGUCCUGCCGGAAGAUCUUCAAGAGUUGGUGAAGGAAGCUCUUGCUGAAUUGAAAGCAUAAUUUUUAUUUAUAUGAAGAUGCAAAGUUAAUAACAUUUAUAAAAAAAAGUGUGUACCUAUGUACACGCGUUAGAAGUUAUACUUCUUUGGCGUAUCGAAAAAUAACUGAAAUGCAGUAACGAUUAAAGAUAAAUAAUAAUAUUAAUAAAAGAUUUUAUUUAAUAAAUAAAUUAUUAGUAAAUACUAUCA